AUGUUCAAGAGGACGCUGACGCAGGUGUCCACUUUGGGUCCAUUCAACAGAGAAUACCGAAAAACCUUUGGUCAUAAACUCCGUGACCUGAUAUCUGAGAUAGGGUCCAAAUGCUCUCCCAUUAAAAAAUACAUUUUCCCCAAUUUUAUUGCAGUGCAUUAUUUUUACAUCAUAUUGUUAACCAUUAUAUCGUCCAUACUGAUGUAUCCAGUCAAGAAUUCCAGAUAUAUCGACAUUUUAUUCCUGGCAACCGGUGCGACAACACAAGGUGGACUGAAUACAGUCAACGUGAAUGAAUUGACAUUGUAUCAACAAUUGGUCAUUUAUUUGACCUGUAUAAUGGCAACACCGAUUGUUAUACAUGGAUGUUUGGCGUUUGUGAGGCUGUAUUGGUUUGAAAGAUAUUUUGAUGGGAUUAGAGAUUCAUCAAAGAAGAAUUUUGAAAUGAGAAGAACAAGAACCAUAUUGGAAAGAGAAUUGACUGCGAGGACGAUUACGAAGAAUAGAACAAAUAUGUCUCAAAAUAGUAGGUAUUCAAGGCAACCAAAUUUUGGAAACGGCUCUCAGAGAGAUGAUUUCCAGGAAAAGUUGUUUAGCGGGAAAAUGGUCAAUAGAGAUGAAAAUGAUGUAUUGUCAAGGAGGCCGACAAAUAUUCGAGAUGAUAGUUCUAGAUUCAAAAAUAAACUGUCCCGAGAAGAUAACAUGACCGGUAAUAAUAGUCGUCAUGCAAUAAAAUUUCAAGAUCAAGAGCAAAACAAUGAUAAUAAUAGUGACCAUUUUAUACGAGAACAGGAGAAAUUUGUUCAGAGAAGGCACUCCCAGGAUAUAUCACCAACGGAUAUGUAUAGAUCUAUCAUGAUGUUGAGAAAUCAACAUGAAGAACAUGCUGAAAAUGAAGGACCCGCUCUUGUUAUUAAAGCUCCUUCAGGUAGUGACGAUAAAAAAGGUAAUGAUAAUAAGAAUACCCAUUCUGAGCGUAUCACUGGUGAAAAUUCAAGCUCUGUCAAACAAAGUAGAGAAACUAUCAGUAACGAUAAUACCGAUCAUGAUGAUAAUGAUGCUGAUGAUGCUGAUGAUGCUGGAUUGACAAGUAACGUAUCCUAUGGCGGAAGUUUGAGUGAGGUAGCUACAGGCAGCGAAAGUAGUCAUGAUAUAGCUGAUGAAACGACGGAAGAAGGGCUAACCAGUCCAUUUAGUACAGAAGAAAGCUUCAAUUCUGUGAGUCCGCAAAGUAGAUCUAAAUCACCUCUACGAAAUCUUUCAAUGAAUAAAGGGUUUAAUUCAACAUCUGAAUUGAAUAACACAGAUGAAAACCACGUGCAUUAUACUACAGAACCAACUAUUCAAUUUGAUAUUUCCAAACCGCCAAGAAUUGAUAGAAGGAAACGAAAGCUAGCUCCUAAACCUAGGCCGUCAUAUUUUGGUUAUACAAAAAGAUCAAGCAGAAAUAUUCUAAAACAUAUUCCAAAAGGGAGAAGAUUCAGAAAACACCUCAAGAGAAGAUUAUCAACAAAUUCUGUUGCUAAGCCUAAUAACGAGGAAUUGACUGGCAAGAGUCCAGUGGAACAUCCAGAAGAAUCUGAUGACGGUGAUUUUGAAGAAUAUUUUGCCGAUAAUGAAACAGAUGAAGACGAGAUAAACCAACCGAUUCAGACAUAUCGCCCUCCACCUCCUAGACACCGGUCCUCAUCUUAUCACAAUACAGAUAUCAGUGUUAUUACAAAUGGUUUAAAGAAGUCAAAAACUUAUGACAUGGCUCUUUCAAAGGAGUUAGAUGAGCUAUCACAAAAGCCUGAUUUUCAAAAAAUGGUUUAUCAGAAUUGGAAGUCGAAGCACAAGAAAAAUGCAAGAUUCCCACAUAUCUACCACACUAAGACCGGUUUGACCGCAACAACUGAUAGUGAGGAUCAAAGAAACCUUUCCUCUUCUAAUGGCGAUAAUAGUUUGAAUUCACAAGAUUAUGAUGAUUCUGAGCUCGAAAGUAGGUAUAAUACAACUGGAAUGUACGAUGGAGAAAACAGCGAACGUGAUAAUGGUUUGGACGAAGAAGCCAACUAUUACGGUCUUCAUUUUGAUCCAGAUGUGAAUUUAACGCCUUUGCACGCACCAUUUUCAAGAACAAUGAGUACAAACUAUUUAUCAUGGCAACCAACAAUUGGACGUAAUUCGAAUUUUUACAAUUUAACACAAAGUCAAAAAGAUGAAUUGGGAGGUGUUGAAUAUCGAGCUAUUAAGUUACUGUGCACUAUUUUACUAGUUUACUAUAUCGGAUUCAACAUCAUGGCAUUUGUCAUGUUAGUCCCAUGGAUUUGUGUUAAAAAGCAAUACAUUGCAAUUGUUCGUAGCGAUGGUAUCUCACCUGCUUGGUGGGGCUUCUUUACUGCAAUGAGUUCUUUUGCAGAUUUGGGUCUUACCGUUACCCCAGAUUCAAUGAGUUCCUUUGAUACUUCUAUUUAUCCUCAGAUUGUGAUGAUGUGGUUUAUUAUCAUCGGUAAUACAGGGUUUCCCGUACUCCUAAGAUUUAUCAUUUGGGUAAUGUUUAAAUUAGCCCCCGAUUUAUCGCAAAGAAAGGAAAGUUUGGGAUUUUUGUUAGAUCAUCCUCGUCGUUGUUUCACAUUAUUAUUUCCAAGUGCAGCCACUUGGUGGUUAUUGAUUGUGCUUCUAGCUCUUAACAUCACUGAUCUUAUUUUGUUUGUUAUCUUAGACUUCAGCUCCUCUUAUUUGAAAGGUAUUAGUCGAGGCCACAGAGUUUUGAUGGGUUUAUUUCAAGGUGUGUGCACAAGGACAGCCGGGUUUUCUGUGAUGAAUAUAAGCGAUAUGCAUGCCUCUAUUCAGGUUUCGUAUAUGUUAAUGAUGUACGUCUCAGUAUUACCGCUAGCAAUUUCUAUCAGAAGGACAAAUGUGUAUGAAGAGCAAUCUCUAGGGAUCUAUGGAGAUGUUGUCAAUCCAGAAGAUGUGGACGGCGAAGAGGAUGAAAAUGAUGAUGAAGACGAGGAAGAUGAAGAAUAUGAGGACGACACCCAUAGUAGCGAGAACUCAAAAGAUAAUACAUCUAAUUCAAGCUCCUCGACACCAAAGAAGAAAAAUUCUGAUAAAAAACCAUCUGCAACAUCGUUUAUUGGAGCACAUUUGAGGAGACAACUAUCAUUUGAUUUGUGGUAUUUAUUCCUUGGUUUAUUUGUUAUUUGCAUUUGCGAAAAUAAUAAAAUCAAAGAUAUUAAUUCUCCUAAUUUUAACGUAUUUGCUAUUCUAUUUGAACUAGUAAGUGCAUACGGGACAGUUGGUCUAUCAUUUGGUUAUCCAAAUACCAAUGAAUCAUUUUCAGGAAGAUUUACUACAUUAUCCAAAUUAGUCAUUAUUGCGAUGUUAAUUAGAGGUAGAAAUAGAGGUCUUCCAUAUUCCUUAGAUCGUGCCAUCAUUCUUCCAAGUGAAAGGUUGGAACAUAUAGAUCAUAUUGAGGAUCUAAAGCUGAAGAGAAGAAGAGCUUCUACAAAAGAUAGUGACGCUAUGACAGGUUACAUCAAGAAAAAUACUAGAUGGUUAAGACAUGGCAUCCGGAAGGGUAUAAGACGAUCGAAUACCGUUCACUCCGGUCCCUCUCGAGAUGCAUACUUAAUGCACGAUAUAUCUUAA